AUGGCGGACAAGGAGCUGGAGGCGUUGCGGGAGCAGCGGCUGGCGGAGCUGCAGUCCAAGCAUGCGGAUCCUUCUGGUGAUCCAUCACAACAGGAAGCGAAACAGAGGGAAGCAGAGAUAAGAAACACUAUUUUAGCACAAGUUCUUGAUCAAGCAGCUCGAGCAAGAUUAAGCAAUUUAGCACUCGUGAAACCAGACAAAGCUAAAGCAGUGGAGAAUUAUCUUAUACAGAUGGCAAGAUUUGGACAGCUAGGUGGAAAGGUAUCAGAACAAGGUUUGAUAGAAAUACUUGAAAAAGUGAGUCAGCAAACAGAAAAGAAAACAACAGUGAAGUUCAACAGAAGGAAAGUAUUGGAUUCUGAUGAAGAGGAUGAUUACUAAUAUAUAGAAGUGUCUGCCAAACAAAAGGCCUGGAAAAAGGCAACAUGCUGUUAUCAGAAUGCAAGACCUGAAAAUGUUUACGCUUCUUUACUUUUUGAUUUUUUUUUUUUUUUUGCGUGUGUGUUUUAGUUUCUGGUUGUGUUUUUUUCUUUUUUGUUUGUGGGGUGUUUUUUUGUGGGUUUUUUUAAUAUAUAAAAAGGGUACCCCAUGACUUUGUGCUGUAAAAUAAAUAGAGGAAGGGGAGUUUAUAGCUUAAUUUUUUUUUUUUAUUUUAAGAGGCCUGAGAAGUGUGGGGGUCUCCACUGCUUCAUUAGCAUGAGGAUUUUGUUGCCCCUUAACUCUAAGCAACAAUUACUUUGCAACUGUUGGAGAUCUUGUAACAUGAGGCAGGGCUAAACCUUAAGUUGGGAACAGCUGCCCUCUCUAGGAUUAAAGGACUUCCCUCGAGGCUCUAAUCACAGGUGUUGCAAAUAAGAUUUCCUGAGCCCCUGCAGGAAGCCUAUCCAGCAUCUGUGGCUCUCAAGUCCUUACUGGAAAUUUAUGAAGUGAAUGUUUGGAUCAGGGGACUCCCUUUCAGAGCCUGUGUAAAGACAUUGUAACCAACAUAAAAUCGAACCCUUCCCCUACAGAGUAACAAAGCCAUCUGGGAAAGAAGGUGGUCAACGGUGACAGCACUGGGCAGACGCUUGCUAUUGCAUAGUAUGGCUACCUCCAUUUUUAUCAAAUGGCUGGAGUGUUUCUUACCUUGAAAAAAAAAAAAAAGACCAUUUCCCCUAAACUUUCUGAAGCUCCUGCCUGCAUAAAGUAAAACUGAACUCAUGCUACAUGUUUAUUCAAAACUACGGUUAUGGAAAUAGGGAUAAAUGCUGUAACGUGCUCUACCACCACACAGCCCUUUUCUGACGUAAUUUAACAGGAAGAUGUAUGAUCUCAACUGCAGUGUUUUUUGGAACAGAAUAAAAUUGCUUGAACUGAGCACUAGUGGGUGUUUUUCAUCUUGUGUGAAUGUGGUUAAACUAUUUCAGCAGUUGGGGGUUUGGGUUUGUUUG